AUGCAGCAUAAACUGGCACUCGUUCUCGAGCAAAUCCAGUGCAAAGUCCCUGUGACUAAAUCCUUUCCCUUAUUUUCCCUUUUAGUAGUUUCAGUAAUAACCAAAAGGAUUACAUUCAUGAAAUUUAACAAAACAUUUUACUUCAAUGAAUUAGGAUGUGAGGGAAAGCAAAGUCACACGAUAAGAAGCUUAACAUGUUUAACAUCCACAUAG